AUGAAUCCGUCACGCUCCUCGAUGGACACAGAUCAGCAGCCUCUGCUUCACGCCGAUGCUGCGGAGCUCGAUACUCGCUUCGCCAUCGACGAGAAUCUCGCAGAAGAGCAACCAGCGCUCGAUCCAGCCUCGCCAAAGUAUCCGCCCCUGCCGCCCUCCUACGACGACACCAUCCGUGUAGACGCUCGCUCUCGAACCAGAUGGAACCCAGCCGCCUGGUUCACCCUCUCGCGCACCACCAAAGAGCACAUCCAGGCCUGCUUGCCUCGCACCAGCUCAGGCGACCUCCUCACCUUCUCUUCCGCCUUCUCCGGCUGCUACAGCGUCGCCAUGCGCUGCUGGCCCUCCAAUCGCUUCGCUCAGGCGAGCGCAUUCAUCAUCGGCCUCUGGAUUCUUGUCCUGCUCACAGGUCCUUCGCUUUCGCAAUCCCCGGACAACAUCGGCAGCGGUCUCCACCAGGACUGGGACUACUCCAACAUCCCCAACGCCAAACCGGCGCCCCUUCACGAAGACGGUCACAUUGUCGAGGAGGCAAAGUGGCAAUGGCACAAUUGCGCUUCCAUCAAAGGCACCUCCAGAGUGCAGUGCACAGAGACCACCAGCUUCCUCCUCAAUCCCAACAAGGCGAAGGACAGCUUCGCCUCCACCGAGUCCAUCUUUGUCGACGUCGACUCUCUCCGCCCGGACCGUCCUCAGCCCGCGGGAAGCGUACCCGGCACCAUUACCGUCGUUCACGAGAGCUUUGACGCUCCCGCUGACCAGAAGGACCUCGUCAAGGUCGAGAUCACCGCUCGAUACGACGAGGACUACAAGAAGCUUUUCGACACCAGCCUCGUGGCCAAAAUGAAGCGCGGCCUUUACGACGAAGGCCUCGAGAUCUUGACCUACGCAAAGGCCGUGGCCAUCCAGCAGAGUCCACUCAUCUUUGACGUCAAGGUCAUCGUCCCGCCCCACGUCAACGUACCCACGCUCUCCAUCGACGCAGGCGCGUCCAACAUCGAUCUCUUCCAAUCCGCCCCUGCGCACAGAAGGACCUUCGGCUCGCACAGCCUUCACGGCCGCGACCCCGCACCCAGCCGACCCGACUUCUACUUUGGAAAGUUGCACGCCCGCACUCAGGUGGGCAAGCUGCAGUCUUCCUCCAUCCGCGCCAUCGCCGACAUCCACCUCAGCACCACCAAUGGGAAACUUCACCUUGGAGGAUCCUUCGAGGCCCAGUCGCUCGAGUUCAAGACGGUCAACGGCCACCUCGAUAUCGAAGAGAAUUCGAAACUCGAGGCUGCCUACGACCUCACGCUUCAAACGCAGAACGGUCACAUUCGAGUCGGUCAGCACGCCAGCUUCCGUGCCACCACGCUGCGAUCCGAAUCGCUCAACGGAGGCAUCAUCGCCGAGGGCGCCGUCUUCAACGUGAACCACACCCUCUCCCUCCGCUCGUCCACCGGCAGGAUCGAGGCGGCCAUCAGCGUCGAGAAGCCCGACAUUGCGCGGCUCGAUGCUCCGGGCCUGGGCAAGACGGACCUGGUGACCGUGGAUGCGCAGUCCCAGACGGGCUCCAUCGAACUCGACUUUGUGCAGCACGAGCGCGAGGUGCCGCUGCGAUGCCGAGCUUCGAGUGAGGUGGCUACGGUCUCGGUGGCCUUGCAUCCCGAAUUCCAGGGCAAGUGGGAGCUUCGCGGCGCCACGCACUCGCGCUACCGUGGAUCCGGAACCGAGGACGGCACCGAGACCGAUCGUGGCGUUCACCGAUUCGCGAUCGACGAGGACAGCUUUGGCUGGAUCAAUCGUCUCACACGAGGUCGCACAUGGUGGGAGCGACCCAACAUGCCGAGCGUCAUGCCCAAGGGCGCCGAGGCCACGAUCGGCACGCAGGUCGGGCUCGCCAUCCUCACCUUCAAGUGA